GUAAGAUCGGCGUCAUUUUACGGUCAAAUUGUUACAGCUCAGUUUGAAACUCGGGAAGUGAGGUUGGAUCUCUCACAUCCUCUAUCUGGGUGCUCAAAAGGGAAUAAAACACUUUCGUUCUGACUGUCACAAGUCAGAGUGCAGAGCCGACUUGGCAAAUAAACAGCUCGUCUUUCCAAUAGCGUUAAAACACGGAGAAAAAUCCAGGUGAAAAGGGAAAAGCCUCUGGUCGUGAAGAAAGCCUGACACUGGAGCAGGGAUCGGAAUCGAUCGAAUCAAUGUUCCCAUGACCAGUUUGAUCAGUUUACCGACGUCAGUCGGGAUUUACGGUUGGACCAUAAGGAGCUUAGAGUGAUGGCCAUGCAACCACGGAGGAUUCGGUUGAAACCCUGGCUCCUGGCGCAGGUCGACAGCGGGCAAUAUCCUGGGCUCCUGUGGCUGGAUGAACAACGGAAGCAUUUUCAAAUUCCCUGGCGACAUGCCACCAGGCACGUCCCAACCCAGGAUGACGACAACACCAUUUUCAGGGCUUGGGCAGUGGAGACAGGCAAAUAUCACCAGGGGAUUGAUGGGCCAGAUCCAGCCAAAUGGAAAGCGAACCUCCGUUGUGCCCUCAACAAGAGCCGUGAAUUCAAAUUAAUUUAUGACGGUACCAAGGAAACGCCAAUUCAGCCAUACAAGAUCUACCAAGUGUGUGACAUUCAGCAGUCCAACAGAGGCAACAAUACUCCAGAGACCAAUGACUAUGAAUGGGAUGAUGAGGAUGAGUGCCAGCUCCAAGUUAUGUUCCCUUCAAUGACCUUGGAAGAUAAUGCCAGCCUACCACCAUACCCAACUCAGACCUGGCCGAAACAGGAGAUCACAGUGCCGGAUUCUUGUAUGAAUGGAGAGCUCGCGGACACGACACUUUCACAAAGGGACCUUUCUCAUGCAAACCUUGAUCACAGUAAACUCUCUCAACCUAAUCUUGCUCAUGGAGGACUUGUUCAAUCAAAUGUCCCUCCAAUCGCUCAGGGAACUCUUAAUCCACUCCCAUUGCAGCAAGUGGAUCAGUUCCCAUCACUGACCACGUCUGAAAUGUUUAUCAACUCUCUGCCAUUGACUGAUCUGGAUGUGAAGUUCCAAUACAGAGGCAAACAGAUGGGAUCAUUAAUCACGGUCAGCAAUCCUCACGGCUGUCGCCUGUACUACGGUGACCUCGGCCCUAUCCCAGACCAAGUGGAGCUCUUCGGACCCAUUACCCUCGAGCAGGUCCGUUUCCCCAGCACAGACCAGGUGCCUCAUGAGAAGCAACGAUUUUACACUAACCACUUGUUGGAUGUGAUGGACCGGGGCCUGAUCCUGGAAAUCCACGGGCAGGAUAUCUAUGCCAUUCGGCUGUGCCAGUGUAAAGUAUAUUGGUCGGGGCCCUGUGCUAAUGGAACAGCAGGUCCUAACCCCAUUGAGAGAGAGAAGAAGAUCAAGCUGUUCAGUUUAGAGAACUUCCUUAGUGAAUUGAUAAUGUAUCAGAAGGGGCAAGUAAGUGUUGCCCCUCUCUACGAGAUCCAGCUCUGCUUUGGUGAGGAGUGGCCAGAUGGUAAACCCAAAGAAAAGAAGCUAAUCAUGGUGCAGGUGAUUCCUGUUGUGGCACGGAUGAUGUUUGAGAUGUUUUCUGGAGAGCUAUCAUUUGAUAGUGGGAGCAUUCGUCUCCAGAUUUCCAACCCAGACCUAAAGGACAAUGUGGUAUUUCAAUUUAAGGAACUCCAUCGGUUACUUCAGUCCCAGCAGGGCCAGGGGCAGUGGCCAAUGCAACCUGCUAACCCACAGUGAGUUAUAAAGCUCACAGCACAGGAAACAAACCCUCCAGAAUACUGCCUAACCUUUUACAUCAUCGCUCAAAACCUGCUGCUAACACCUUUCAAGGGGCAAGCUUAUCAUCUUGAAUGAAGACACACCAAGGCAACCAUCUGAACAUUACACAUUGUGCUGGAACUGGCUGAGUGUGCAGUUUAAAAGACCACUCUUUCCUAUUCAUGGAUUUGUGCAUUUGCCUUUUCAUUAUUACCUUCCCUUAAAGAAAAAGGACUGCUUCCUGCUUCUAUCAGACUGCAAUACCACGGAGGGAAGAACAUUUGUUCAGAGAUGACUACUUUUUUUUAUUAAGAGACAAAGUGAAUAUAUAUAUCUAGUUUCAAAACUCAUAAUUGUUCAGAUACCAGAUCCCACUCUGUACAAAUUGUGAUGCAUAAACUUUGAUAGUGAGUGUAUUCCACGUCACAAAACACUGAGGGGACACAGUGUGACACUCAAUUUGUAACUAGUGCUUCUUGGUGAUUGCUACCACUAAGAUCAUUGGCCUGGAUCUAGUUGGAAAGCAACCAGAGCUGCUAAUAUCCAUGUAUAUCUCUCUGGAACACCAACCUGUUACACUCUAAAUUUAGAUUGGAAUGCUUCUGCAAUACAAGUCAUUUGUUUAAUUUUUC